UAAACUUACCGUGAUAUCAGUUUUGAUAUAUCGGUGGUAUACACUACGAAUUCGUGACAGAUCACCAAGACGGCAGUAUAUAAAAGGCCACAGCUGAUGACAUCACAUUUGUCAGUUCCCUUCUCGCCGACUUGGAGACCUGAUCCUACCAGGUUUACAUUUUGAUCAGACAGCUCGAUCAUGGCCACGCCGGGAGACCUCGUCCUACCACCGGGGGAAGGGCUAACUCUGCCAUUAUUUACCACAGCUGCCUUAUCUGCCGUGUUGAGCUUCGGCUUUGGAGUUAUUCUGUUGAGUUUAUCCGAUAUCAACGAAGGGCCGCGAGGGCCAAUAGGAACUUUGGGAAUCACCGGUUCUACUGGAGUUGCACCAACAGGAUUAACUGGUCCAACUGGUACAGCUAAUACAGUAACUGGUUUUACUGGAAUGACCGGGCAAACUGGAGCAACAGGACCAGGUAUAACCGGUGCAACUGGUGUAGCGAAUACAGUAUCUGGUGUAACUGGACCUACAGGAUAUAAUGGAGAUGUAGGACCAACAAUUACCGGCGCAUCUGGCACAACUGGUGCUACCGGUGCAAUCGGCGCAACUGGUGUUGCAGCCUCGGGAUAAGAGUGCGAAAAAAUACCUUGUCUGAGGUAUAUGGACGAAUUGAACGUCUUUAAAUAAAGGAUUUGUUUGCA